GUCCACCUUUGUCUGUAUUUAAGUUUGCCUUCGUCCUUUGUUCCACGUGGUGUCGUUAUGUCUUUUCAAUGUCCUCAUGAGAUGUCUUUUGGAUUUUGUCCUUGAACUGGAUAAUCUUGUCACCCUGCACCUCGCCUGCAUAUGGAUGUUAAUGGGUAAUCAGUCAUCAAAUAAAGCCACUUACUGCAGUAAGAUUCAGACCGUCUGUGUGUGGUUCCUGCCACAAGACAAAGAAACUGAGCACUACUGAGUCUGACUAUGAGUUUCACGUCUGCACUGUGGAUCCUUCUCUCCAUCACCAUCCAGGGGGUGGCUCUGCAGGAGUUUGACAACUACUAUGACUAUGAUUAUGGUGACCCAGAACCUCAGAACUGCUCGACCACAGAGAGCAUCAAGGGCGGACACGUCACCUACUCACAGGGAGGCAUGGAGGGCAGUGUAAUGACCUACCACUGUGAUCCUGGGAAAUUCCCAUUCCCAGUCAGCUACAGAGUCUGCAGUGCUGAUGGAGACUGGUCUCCAUUGAGACUACCGAGUGGCAGACCUGUGUCCCGGCCCAUUUGCAAAGACAUGCUGUGUCCGGGUCAGCUGCAGCUGGACAAUGGUGAAUUUUGGCCCAGGAAUCAAUGGUUCCAAGUUGGCACAACGCAGAGCUUUUCCUGCCAGGAAGGGUUCUCCCUUUAUGGGUCAGCCCAAAGAAACUGCACGCUGUCUGGAGAGUGGACCGGAGCCACUCCAAUUUGUGAUGAUCAUGCCAAUGACUGCGAUGACCCAGGGGUCCCCUCAGGAGCUGAGAGGACAGGUGACCGAUUUCAGACAGGAGCAAAAGUGACUUAUCGGUGUCAGGCUGGUAUGCAUCUGCUUGGGUCGGCUGAAAGGGUUUGCCUGGAGAACAGGGAGUGGAGUGGUUCAUCACCAAGGUGCCAAGCUCCUCACACCUUUGACACACCCAGCUCUGUGGCUGCAGCCAUGGCGGGAUCACUCGCCGGAGUGUUGGACGUUCUCUCACCAGAUUACAAAAAGAAAAAUGUUAGUAGAGGAUUUGGCCGAAGCUUUCGUGUGGCUGAAGUCAGUCGUAUGAACGUUUACAUUUUGCUGGACACAUCAGGAAGCAUCAAAGAGAAGGACUUUCAAUUGGCCAGGAACGCAACCAUUGCUCUGAUCAAAAAGCUUGACAGCUAUGACGUCCAGCUGAAUUUCCACGUGUUGUCGUUUGCCAGCGAAACUAUAGUCAUUGUCAAUAUCCAAGAAACGGAUAUAAGUGGGGAUACUGAACAGGUCAUAACGGCUCUGAUGGAGUUCAGCUACACAAGCCAUGGGUAUAAAACAGGCACCAACCUUCACUCUGCUCUGGAAAAUGUUUGGCAACAGAUCAGCUUCUUAAAUGUAAACAGAGAAAAGAACCGUUUAAAUGAGACCCAGAACAUCAUCAUCAUAGAAACAGAUGGUUACUCCAAUACAGGGAAAAAGCCUGAGGCCGCUCUGGCCAAGAUCAGGAGCUCACUGGGCUAUAGAACCACACAACAUGAUCAUGGACAUGAGAAAAUGCUGGACGUCUACGUAUUUGGUGUCGGAGAGCACGUGAACAAAGAUGAGCUGAACUCUCUGGCCUCAAAGAAAAGUGGUGAAAAUCAUUUCUUCGUUCUGAAAGACUUUAACAAACUGGGAGAGGUGUUCAACAGCAUCAUCAGUGACAGCAGUGUGACCAUGUGUGGGAUAGCUCAGGAGCAGUUAUCCAAAGAACAGGAGUUGGAUGGAGUGAUAGCCUACACCAGGCCUUGGCACGUGACUUUGACAUCACCUACAUGGGGUUUGGAAAAGUACUGUUCAGGAUCCAUUUUAAGCCAGAACUGGGUGCUGACGGCUGCUCAUUGCUUUGCCAAAGUGAGCACAGACACACACAGAGUCCCAAAGCAGCUAACCAUACAGUACGGUGGAGGAGAAGUGCAAAUUAACAAGGUGAUCAUGCACCCCGAUUACAACACUCUCGCAAUGAAAGAGAGGAAUGUCUCAGAGUUUUAUGACUAUGAUGUGGCUUUGGUUCAGACAAACAGAAGCAUCCCGCUGUCCUGGGAAGCCAGACCUGUCUGCUUGCCAUGUACCGUAGCAGCCUCUCGAGCCAUGAAGAAAAUAAACUCCACCUGUGAGCAGCACAGAGAAGAACUUCUUACACACACGGUGACGACUGCCUUCUUCAUCCAUAAGAAGACGGAACGUAAACAAACUCACAUCCAUCUGAAGAGUCAGAGGCCUGCCUGUGUGGAAAAGGCCAUGCAAACACUAACUCAGCCCACAGAUGUAACUUUAGAAGAAUAUGUGCCUGACAGUUUCCUCUGCUCUGGAGGUACUGAAGGAUAUCAGGAUGCCAUCAGCUGUAAAGGUGAUUCUGGUGGAUCUCUGUUUCUGCAGAAAAGACAGCGCUUUUUUCAGGUGGGAGUGCUGAGCUGGGGCACCAUAAAUGUGUGUGACGCAUCUAGAAACAAACAAGGAAGCAGCAGCAGGCCUCCUCCUGAAGCUCGAGAUUUUCACAUCGACCUCUUCAAGAUAAUCCCGUGGCUGAAAAGGCACUUGGGGAAAGACAUCCAGUUUCUUCAUUAGAGCCAUAGAGCAGAUCCAGGACCAGUCUGCAUACAGUGGGACAGUCCAGGAUAUUAUAAUGAAUAACUGAUGUAAUGUAGUUGUAACAUCGUGCCGUUGAUUACAUAAACUUCAACGGAAACACAAACUGCAUUCAACAGUUCAAAAAAUAAACCUAACUUUAUUCUGA